AUGUUUGGUUGCAUAAGACUUCUUUGUCUGCUUCCAAUUGUGUGCCUCUUUCUCUAUCUUCCUAUCUACAUUUCCUCUAUACAUCUUGUAGCCAUCACAUCCUUUUUCAUUGCUUGGCUUGCAAACUGUAAGCUGUUGCUCUUUGCUUUCGAUAAAGGACCUUUAUCUUCUGAACCAUCCAUCACUCUUGGACGUUUUGUUGUUAUUGCUUGCCUUCCUAUCAAGGUCCAAAAGUCCCCUUCACCACAAUCACAUAUUGAUGACCAAUCUAAAGGAAACAAAAUCCAUCAAAAGUCCAAAGAGGGUAACAUAUUGCAUUCAAAUUAUGCAACUAAGGUUUUGCUUUUGGGCAUUUUGUUACGUGCCUAUGAUUUCAUUAACUACAUUCAUCCCAAUGCCUUAUUACUUCUUUAUUGUUUGCACAUUUAUCUGCUCCUUGAACUCAUCCUAGCGGUGGUUGCAUCCAUGGCUCGUGCCUUGCUAGGCGUAGAGAUUGAGCCACAAUUUAAUGAUCCAUACCUCUCCACCUCACUCCAAAUUUUUUGCGGCAAGCGAUGGAAUCUCAUGGUCUCAAGUACUCUACGCCCAACAGCAUACGAACCCACCCUUAACAUUUCCAAACAUGUCGUUGGUCGUAAGUGGGCCUCAUUACCUGCCGUACUUGCAACAUUUGGUGUAUCGGCGUUGAUGCAUGAGCUCAUUUUUUACCACAUGGGCCGAAUGCCGAUAACGGGUGAAGUAACAUGCUUCUUCACGCUCCACGGGAUCUGCCUAGCGGUUGAGAUCUUUUUCAACAAGGCACUAACAAAUAGGUGGCAACUUCCGAUGUUGAUCUCUCGAUUUAUGACCAUUGUAUUCGUGAUAUCGACGUCCGUGUGGCUGUUUCUUCCGCAAUUUCUUCGGAUUGGGGUUGAUGUUAACGAGUCCCUUCUUGCUUAUGAAGUUCAGAGACUUGUAGGAGUUAGGCGCCUCUCGGACAUUGUUUAUGCUUGA